CGGCUGCGGGCGGGAGAACGGGCGGGGCGGCGGGCUGCGACGCGGCCUGGGCGGAGCCGCCCCCGCCCUGGCCCUCGCGGUUGCCCUGCCCCCGCCAGCCCCAGGCUCCCCGGGCCCGCGCCGCGCCGCUCUUUCUCCGACAGCCGCCGGGGGUGCCCUGCAAGCUGUGCCGCGCGUCCUGCCCGUCUGUCCCCGCGGGUCGUCGCCCGCCACAGCCGCGCCAUGACCACCCAGCAGAUAGUCCUCCAGGGCCCGGGGCCGUGGGGCUUCCGCCUCGUGGGCGGCAAGGACUUCGAGCAGCCUCUCGCCAUUUCCCGGGUCACUCCUGGAAGCAAGGCGGCUCUAGCUAAUUUAUGUAUCGGAGAUGUAAUCACAGCCAUUGAUGGGGAAAAUACUAGCAGUAUGACACACUUGGAAGCUCAGAACAGAAUCAAAGGCUGCACAGACAACUUGACUCUCACUGUAGCCAGAUCUGAACAUAAAGUCUGGUCUCCUCUGGUGACGGAGGAAGGGAAGCGUCAUCCAUACAAGAUGAAUUUAGCCUCUGAACCCCAGGAGGUCCUGCACAUAGGAAGCACCCACAAUCGAAGUGCCAUGCCCUUUACCGCCUCGCCUGCCUCCAGCACUACCGCCAGGGUCAUCACAAACCAGUACAACAACCCAGCUGGCCUCUACUCUUCUGAAAAUAUCUCCAACUUCAACAAUGCCCUGGAGUCAAAGACUGCUGCCAGCGGGGUGGAGGCGAACAGCAGACCCUUAGACCAUGCUCAGCCUCCAAGCAGCCUUGUCAUCGACAAAGAAUCUGAAGUUUACAAGAUGCUUCAGGAGAAACAGGAGUUGAAUGAGCCCCCGAAACAGUCCACGUCUUUCUUGGUUUUGCAGGAAAUCCUGGAGUCUGAAGAAAAAGGGGAUCCCAACAAGCCCUCAGGAUUCAGAAGUGUUAAAGCUCCUGUCACUAAAGUGGCUGCGUCGAUUGGAAAUGCUCAGAAGUUGCCUAUGUGUGACAAAUGUGGCAUUGGGAUUGUUGGUGUGUUCGUGAAGCUGCGGGACCGUCACCGCCACCCUGAGUGUUAUGUGUGCACUGACUGUGGUACCAACCUGAAACAGAAGGGCCAUUUCUUUGUGGAGGAUCAAAUCUACUGUGAGAAGCAUGCCCGGGAGCGAGUCACACCACCUGAGGGCUAUGAAGUGGUCACUGUGUUCCCCAAGUGAGCCAGCAGAUCCCACCACUGUUCUCCAGCCGGCCUCUGCUGCAGCUUUUUCUCUCAGUGUUCUGGCCCUCUCCUCUCUUGAAAGUUCUCUGCUUACUUUGGUUUUUCCUUUGCUUGUAAAACAUUGAGUCCCCUCCUUGCCUUGGUUAAUCGACUCAUACCAGCUGUGCGAUGCCCGCUUUUGCAAUUAAAGGAAAACUGUUUUGUUCAGUGUCCCCUUGUCAGCAACACCGUGUCCCUUCCCCCACUCUGUUCUUCUCUGCUGCAUUUGGACAUCAGCCAAAUUUGAACCCAAUCAAAUAUAAUGUGUCUGACACUGAUUUUGUUUUUACUCAAUAAAUCUAUAGACUCCAAAGCA